AACAAACAAACAAACAAACAAACAAUUUCAUUUGUUUUAUUUAAAGGCUUUACAUUUGAAAAAAAAGAUGACCACCACAAGCAGCAAUAUCUUCAUUAGUACGCACCCAAUCACGCAGCAGAAGAUUUCUUCUCUGCGCAACGCCAAGAAUAGCGCGCGCACGGUGCGUGAGCUAAUCUCCAGCAUCACCAGCCUAAUGCUCUACGACGUCACAAAAGACCUCCAGCUGCAAGCCACCACCGAAGCAACAAGCCCAGUUGGCAGCUACACCGAGCAAGAAAUCACGACUAAAGUCGCACUCAUUCCAAUUCUGCGCUCCGGCCUCGCAAUGCUCGGAGCAGCCUCCGAUCUCCUACACGAUGCUGAGGUCCGGCAUUUGGGGUUGUUCCGCGAGGAAACUACACUGCAGCCGGUGGAGUAUUAUAAUAAGUUACCGAGGGUUUGUAGUGUUGAUGAGUGCGUGGUUUUGGAUCCGAUGAUUGCUACUGGUGGGACGGCGGGCGCUGCGAUUGAGAUUCUGUUGAGCUGGGGUGUGCCCAAGAUUAAGUUCCUGGCGAUAUGUGCGUCAAGGGAGGGUGUGGAGGCAUUGGCUGAGAAGUACCCACAGGUCAGCUUCUAUAUCGGCGUCGUCGACGAUGUCCUGGAUAAGCGUGGCUUUGUAUCGCCCGGAAUCGGUGACUGCGGCGAUCGUCUCAACAGCACGGCUUAAUAUUUUUUUUAAUUUUUUCAAACAUAAAUUUCUAUUAUUACAUUCACAUAAAACUUUUUUUUUAUUUUUUAUUU